GUAGGUGUGGUCUGGGCAUGUAGUCAUUACAAUUAGUUGUUUUUAAAGUUUGAAAAAGCUUUAAAGAAUAUUACGGCACUUAGAAUAGGAAUAAGUCAUAUAUGUUUCGAAGAUUAGAUGUGUAACCAGAUAUAAUCAAACAUCACAAAGAAUAAGGACAGAUAACGACGAUAUGUAUUUGAUAGAAAGAAUAGCAACUCACACCAGAGCACCCAUUAUCCAGUAACUCUAAGUCAUUAAAAUAAAGAAUCAGUAUAUUGCAGUUAUCUGGGGUUGCUUGUUCUUGAGUUAAUAUUCUAUGGAAAUUCAGACUCUAAGUGACAAAAAAAUGCAAGGAAAUUGAGGUCCUUUGUAUAUAAUAUACACAUCUUUAAAUGCUAAAAUAUUUAUUUUUCUCCCUCCAAAAAUGCCAUCUUGACAGUUGAACAACAUGCCGACGUUUCAUGCUUCUGUUUAUCUCUUCUUUCUUUCUCUUGUAGGACAUUUAAACAUAAGCAGUAGCAGGAUCAAGAACGUGAAUGUGACCUAUGAGUCUGGCUCAAUCAACGGCAGUAAUUUCCACGUGAGCACGCUGACAGCUGACCAGUACACUUCUCUCUUCCCCUCCGUAGAAGAGAUUAGGUCCAAAAACCUCAAGGUUAUCCCCGUGGAGUCAUCCGGCCUGUCGGGAUCAGUUUCCGGGGAAGAUAACGAGACCAGCACUAGCAAUAGCCGCCUAGUGAACACCCUGGGGUUUGGUGGAAAUUCAGCAGACUGGUCGGAGGACUGCAACAGGGAGACAGCUCUAUCAAAGGACACGGUUGUGUCGAUGAUGAGAAGGAAACGAUUCGUUACGGAGACUGCAGUUUGGACGGACGAACAGUUUUUAAAGGGCGAUGAACAACACGAAAAUGUAGGUACCUCUCGAAUAACGAGAGAUGCCCUGAGUUUAUCGGAGUCUGUUGGCGAAAUGCUGGAGAUCAUUUCUAAAAAGGAAACUGACGACAAGGAAGAAAAGACGAAUACAAAGUCUUUCAAGCCAAAAAUCCAGAAACGUUUUUCUAAUGGUGAGGCUGAGACGGUUUCAAUAGCCUCCAACACACAGUCUGCAACUCCUAGCACUGACCCACCGCAGAUCAGUAACCACGACACGAAUCCACCUAGAUCCACAAGGAAAACCUACGCGUCCACGGAUAACAAUUUUUUGUCGUAUGCAUUUCUGAAUGACCAGGAGCUGCAUGACCUUUUAUCAAACGAGAACACGGGGACUGCAGAUCCAACAGGCGACGCAAAAGGCGCUUGGUUGAUCUUCAACAACCCCCAAACCCACUCAACAGAUAAUGGAACAGCCGAAGAAACUAUGUCUAACUCCAGGUUUCUGCUCCUGAAAUUAAACAAUUCUCAGGCAAGUGUUGAUGAAAGCAGAAUGUUUCUGUCCAAACCCUCUCCCCUCCCAGAUGACAAAAAGGUUAUUUUGGAGAGUAAAGGAACCCUGGAGGGUGGGGCAAAAGUCCAUAUCCAGUUCAAGAAACCAAACCCUAAGGACUCUGCUUCGUCAAAGGACAAACAUGAAUUUGGCAGGCUCAUUAAAACACCAUACGAAACUUUUAUGGAAUACCAUCUGGAUACUCAAAAUCUGACAACAUCCAUCUAUGUGUCUGAUCCUGUGAACCCAAAAGAAGAAAGGAUCAUCCUUGAGACCAAGUGUCUAAAAUCAGUGCUCAAACAAGACAUGGUAAUGCAAAUUUCCUUCGUUCUUUUACCGCCCCAGGAUGAAGGGUCAGACGAGGACGGGGCCCGCAGAGUCGUGCAGAAAAUCUACAACCUCAUCGUGGAGAACCAAUUCUCUCUGAAGCUAAACGGCAACACGCUUGAUGUGGUUCACGCCAACGAUAAAACGAAAACAGAAGUGGACAAAAAACCGUUCUGUCCUCGUGGGGUGGAGAUAAUGGUUUUUGACGAGGAGUUUCAGCUCUUAACGGUGGAUGGGGUGAGAAUGAUGUACGUGAACAACACCAACUCGUACUUUGGUGUUGGGCGCUUCGACGUCUUCUUCAUGGUCAGCGGGAAUGACGGUAACGACGGCACAGAGGUUCUGGAAAUGAUCAAGUACGCAUUUGUUUGCGUGAUGCCUCGUAUUCUGAAAACAGACUGUACAAGGAUUGACUUGGCAGAAAACGAGUAUCAGGUCCUCGGAGAUAACAAAACUAUAACCUUUGAAGGAAAUCAGUACGACGUCUUCUCCUACGUUGUGAAGAACGAAACCACGGGAAGCAUCCAGAUAUGUGUACCCUCAUCGUUUCACAACAAAAAGGAGAAAGCAGCACCACGAUUUGUGGCCAAGGAUGAAUCAUGUGGUAAGGAAUUUGACGGCGCGGUCAAAGCAGAAGGCUACAUUACUCAGGUUCUGGGAAGAGUGUCCAUCUUUGCUCUAGCCUGCGUCCUUGUCACUUACCUUAUCUUCUCGAAGCUUCGAAACCUGCCCGGAGUAAACACAAUGAAUCUGACGCUGGCUCUCUUCUUGGCAGAGAUAAUCUUCGUUGAGGGGAUGACCGUGGACAUCCCCUGGUUGUGUACCACAGUUGCCAUCUGCGUGCACUACACCUUCCUAGCCGCUCACUUCUGGAUGAAUGUGAUGAGUUUUGACGUCUACAGAACCUUCGUCACGAGCACGCCACUGAGGCAGAUGAGAGAGAAGAGCAAGUAUUUGCCGCGCUACGCCCUGUACGCAUGGGGGGUACCACUGAUUAUUGUUGCUUUCUGCGUGUUUGUUGAGUUCUCUUCUCUCUUCGACUUCCAGAUUGGUUAUGGGCCUGUCUUGAUCGGAGCCAACGACGUUCUCGACAACGUAACGUACUUUAAUUAUACAGACGGAACCCAACAGCUGGAUGAGGGGAAGGGCUCAGAGGAUGAGGCACGCGACGAGGGCAACAGCCAAGGCAACAGCAAUAGCAACAGCAGCAACUCAGCAGCGAAUGAGACCCGAUACUACUACACAUCGGCACACACGUACGGCCAGUCGGCAGCCUGUUGGAUCCACAACCCCCUGGCUGCUCUCACGGCAUUCGGCGCUCUCAUCCUUCUCAUUUUCCUCGUCAACUGCGUCUUCUUCAUACGGACAAUCAUCAGCAUCUCACGCACUGCCAAACUCGCCAAACAGAGUCUCGGUCAGAGACACUCCAACAGCUCUAUUCAGAAGAUGACCGGUCGCUCUGAUGUCAUGCUUUAUGUCCGAAUGUCCACGGUGAUGGGGUUCACUUGGUUUUUCGGGCUCAGUUCGGCAAUUAUGAGCUCGUUCCUCACCAAGCCCUACUCCCGUAGCGAGUGCAUUGUCAGCCACGUCCAGAGUUUCUUGUUCAACAUUUUUAACGUGUCUCAGGGGAUUUUCAUCUUUGUGGCCUUUGUGUGCAACCGACGUGUGUUCGCCCUCUACGUCAGGCUGCUCAUCCGGAUGAAGAAGUACAUCCUGAGACAGAGUCCAAAAUCAAAGCUCUUCUCCCUGAGCUCAACUCUUAGCUCGUCCCAAAGCACUGGGAUCUCUUACACUCAGAGCUCCUCGCGAUGA